UUCGUCAUGCAAUAAAUGAUUUUUUUUAUUGUUACGCGGAAAUUGUUUCCUUUUAGUUCUCAGAAGGUGAUAUCCAGCGCCUUCUACGCAAGUUUUAAGUUUUCACAAAUCAAAGGUUUUCACGUGUCACGACACCCACGUGUUGCAAACAACAAAAUGGCGGACGGCACUGUUGUUGAAGAAUAUUCCAAACGCGCAAAAAUAGCGGAGGAUGAAAUGUUAAGUCUGAAGAGGAAAAUUGAGGCAUUACAAGAUUGUGUUGCAUCCGACGAUGGAACCAAUGAUAGUGCACGUGAUCCGGAGUUGGAGAAGCUUUUUACUGAGAACAGCAAGCUUAAAUACCAAGUGGAGACCCUCAAGCGUAGCAUUAAGGAAGAGAAAGCCAAUUCCAAGAGGAUCAUGACUAACUGCCAGUUCACACUGAAUGAAAUGUUCAAAAAAGCUAUUGCACAAACAUUUCCUGAACUACCAGAUGCCCCUGUUCUUGUACAGGCCUCUCAGGGUGAAAAGUUUGGAGAUUACCAGUGUAACAGUGCCAUGGCAAUUAACCAGAUACUCAAAAGCAAGGGGAUCAACAGCAACCCUCGUCAAAUUGCUACUUCAAUUGUGGCAAAUGUACCUCAGAAUGAUCUCAUGCAAAAGGUUGAAGUGGCUGGAGCUGGUUUUAUAAACAUAAGUCUCAGUCAUAACUUUGUGUCAUCAAUGCUAAAAGACAUUCUUACAAACGGAGUACAACCUCCUGCUGUUCCAGUCAAGAAGAGAUGUGUCAUUGACUUCUCCUCUCCAAAUAUCGCCAAAGAGAUGCAUGUUGGGCAUCUAAGGUCUACAAUUAUUGGAGAAAGCCUGAGUCGUCUUCUUGAAUUUGUUGGGCAUGAUGUCCUACGCCUUAAUCACGUUGGAGACUGGGGCACUCAGUUUGGGAUGUUGAUUGCUCAUCUCCAGGACAAGUUUCCAAAUUAUCUGCAAGUUUCACCACCCAUUGGUGAUCUGCAGGCUUUCUACAAGGAAUCCAAGAAGAGAUUUGAUGAAGAUGAGGCAUUUAAGAAGGUGGCUUAUCAAAGAGUUGUGGAAUUACAAGGGCGUGAACCAGACGUUACGAAAGCCUGGAAUCUUAUUUGUGAUGAGUCUAGGAAAGAGUUUGACAAUAUUUAUGAGCGACUGGAUGUCACCUUGAUCGAGAGAGGGGAGUCAUUUUAUCAAGAUAUGAUGCCUAAUGUUGUUGCAGAUCUUGAGCGGAAAGGGAAAGUAAUCGAAGACGAAGGCCGUAAAGUCGUUUUUGUUCAGGGAUAUAAGGUACCGCUGACGGUCGUCAAGUCUGACGGUGGAUUCACAUACGAUACAUCUGAUAUGGCGGCCUUGCAGCAGAGAGUGCGUGAUGAGAAUGGCGACUGGCUGAUUUACGUCACUGAUGCUGGCCAGGGAGAUCAUUUUAAACUGAUCUUUGGAGCUUCACGAGAGGCUGGGAUUUAUGAUCCGAAAGUGAUUCGAGUGGAUCAUGUCGGUUUUGGUGUCGUUCUCGGCGAGGACAAAAAGAAAUUCAAAACCCGUUCGGGAGACACAAUUCGUCUCAUUGAUCUGCUUGACGAAGGUCUUAAAAGGUCACUGGAUAAGCUGAAGGACAAGGAACGAGACAAAGUUCUCACCCCAGAAGAGUUGAAGGAUGCCCAAGAAGCCGUUGCCUAUGGCUGUGUAAAAUACGCAGAUCUUUCACAUAACAGGAUCAAUGACUAUGUGUUUUCAUUCGAUAAGAUGUUGGACGACAAAGGAAACACAGCAGUUUAUCUUCUUUACGCGUACACUCGGAUAAGAUCCAUCAUGCGCACGGCCAAUAUUGACCGCAAGAGUCUGGAGUCUUGUUUAAACACCACAGAGAUUUCUCUGGACCAUCCGAAAGAGUGGAAACUGGGCAAGUGUAUCAUUCGCUUUCCCGAGAUCCUUAGCCGCGUUCUAGACGACUUAAUGAUGCAUACGCUGUGCGAAUUCAUGUACGAAAUGGCCACCACUCUUACAGAGUUCUACGACAACUGCUACUGCGUGGAAAAGGACCGGAAAACAGGGGAGGUAAUCAAGGUGGACAUGGGACGCCUGCUUCUUCUCGAGGCCACCGCGCGCGUCAUGGAAACUGCGUUUUACAUUCUGGGAAUUAAACCUGUUACGAAAAUGUAAACAUGCUGUUAGCAAACAACUUGAAUGAAUUCCCGCUUCUAAGAUCACAACAGUGAUAACUCUUAUUCCAAACAUAGUCUAAUCUUUGUAUUUUGAAGGCAAAUGAUCCACUCGUUUUAGGUGGCCAUCUGUGUUGCAGGCGUGGCUUCCCAGUCACUAACGAGAACACUUUUCUGUUUGAAAUAAAAAUAUGGAAUUUGAUGUAGGCCGUAGCAAGAACAUGUUACGAUUUAUCAUCUUUCUUUUAGAAAUCUAAGUUUAACUCUUGAAAUUUUCCUGAGCCUGAGAAUUAAAAUGCUUUGACGGUAUCUCUUGGUCAAAUGUUUU